GGCGCUGCGUGUCGUGUGGCUGAUUCGGCUCUGUAUGAAUCUGUCUCCGUGUACACUGGACCGUUACCGGGUGUGCGACUUACACAACAUCCGAGGGAUCGCGUAGAGUGAUGCGCUGUUUCCGCUUUACAGGUGCAGACAUCCUGCCAAUGGACAGUAGCCGGCUGUGAAUGCUAACGGAGCUGCUCUCAGAAGCACGGCAGCAGCUGGGAUGUUGCGUCAGAACGGCGGAGGUAACAGGCGUGGUUUGGGAUUUUCCCGGUUUUCUACCUCAAACUUUUUCACCAUCUCCAAUUCAUCAAGCUGGGGAAUGGGUCGCAGCACCAAAAGCAACUCUCUGAGCAGCAUCAGCACAAACUCGGACUGCUAUGACAACUCUGUUGUGGAUCCGGAUUAUAUUAUGCAGUUGGUCAGCGAUGUCAGAAAAUUUGCGGAUGUUCUUCUAUACCUGAAAGAAGCCUUUGUAUCUGAAGAAAAUCAAGACAGUUUACACCAAGUGGUUCAUGAACGUCUUGGAGAACUUCUACGCGUCCUUAAAGCUGUGAUUAACAAGCACCAAGCCCUAAAUUCUGUUGAUAUUCUUGGAGCUGCGGGUACAGUGAUUGCUAAAGUGAAAGCUGUAAACUUCAAAAGCAUUAAUGAAGAGAACCGACGGGAGAAUUUUGGUGAAAUCUUUUCAUCCAUUGACACUUUAGCCUUCACCUUUGGUAACGUUGUGUCAGACUUCCUUAUGGGAGAUGUAGACAAUGGUUCAUCAUUGGGAAUUCACGUAUCGCGUAGAAGUCGGUCCUUUGAAAACCUCUCUGUGGAAGAUUCGGCUGGGUCCAUACACGAGAGAGAUGAUCUUCAAGGGCAUCUCCGGGCAGAAGAGGUCGAUAACAUGCUUCUGCGGCACGACAGCGGAAUUGAAUCUGCUUUGUCGUAUGCAAAGGCUUGGUCAAAGUACACCAAAGAUAUUUUGUCCUGGGUAGAAAAAAGGCUUAGUGUGGAAUCGGAAGCCGCAAGAAAUUUUGCAAAAAUGGCUGAAACUGCAAAAUCUAUCAUUGUUCCCCAGGAAUUUAUGCCUUUCCAGUCAAUUUUCACAGCAGCUUUUCAAAAUGACAUUGAAAACAGCCAGGCUUGCCUCCAAACGAUAAGCGCCCUUCAAAGCAACAAAUUCAUGCAGCAAGAACUAGAAGCUGCUUUACGAAAGGCAAAACUUUUGAGUGUGCAGAGGCACGAUGAGCAUGAGAAGGCAAAGUCCAGUACAAUUCGUGCAGAAGAAGAGCAGUUAAGCAUUAGCGGAGGACUGAUGAAGGAUGCAAGCAAACAGCUAGAGAAGAAGAGGCGCGUAGAAGAAGAAGCUCUGCAAAAGGCUGAAGAGGCAAAAGAAAACUACAAAGCAUGUGUAGCAGAUGUUGAGGAAAAAAGGAACGACAUGGAGAACAUUAAGAGUGAAAUAUUAACACAAGUCCGAGAACUUGUUUAUCAGUGUGAUUUAACCCUUAAAGCUGCAACCGUGAACCUGUUUCAGCUACAGCAUGCCCAAGUAGUGUCCCUUCCAGUCAACUGUCAGACUCUGUGUGAAGAUGCCAAACUUUACGAGCCAGGUCAGCAGUAUUCAGAGUUUGUAAAAAGCUUGCCAAAGGAAGAAGGUUCCAUAGAGGCUGGAUCUCUUGACGCUCCUAAUUCUCGAGUCAGGAGGUCACGUCUGUCGCAGGAGAACAGCGCCCACACGUCUCAUGGGAACCUAUCUCAGGGCUCAGGAGAAUACCCUACUCCAACUUCAGAAGACAUUGGAAGUCCUGAAUAUGGCCGAUCUCAAAAGAUAGGACAGAAAAGAUCUAGCAGCAGUACAGAUAUUCAGAACACGAGAGGACCUCCUCCAUUUAGGUCCUGGUCUGUUGGGAACCAAAGCAGCGGUAUGUGCAGCGAUUCAGAGAGUGCAGGCGGCAGCAGUGAGUCCCGCUCAAUGGAUUCUCCAUCUGCCAGCCCAGGUACAUUUUACUGUGAUGGUGAUUUUAAGAGGCGUCUCCCCAGGACCCCAUCAACAGGGACAAUGUCAUCAGCAGAUGAUCUGGACGAACGGGAACCUCCUUCCCCCUCAGACAAUGGCUUGAAUGAUUUGGUUUCAGAAAUGGCCAAUUCCCCCGGACCUUUCAGGAAUACCAUUAUGUCCAAAGCUGCUCAGACACACAAACUGCGAAAACUACGGGCUCCAUCCAAAUGCAGGGAGUGUGACAGUUUAGUAGUAUUUCACGGAGCCGAGUGUGAAGAGUGUUCUCUUGCUUGUCACAAGAAAUGUCUUGAAACACUGGCCAUUCAAUGUGGACACAAAAAACUGCAAGGAAGACUUCAUCUGUUUGGAGUGGAGUUUACCCAGGCAGCACGAAGCACCCCUGACGGCGUCCCUUUUAUUAUCAAGAAGUGCACCUCUGAAAUAGAAAGCCGGGCACUAACCAUAAAGGGCAUUUACCGUGUAAAUGGAGCGAAGUCUAGAGUUGAAAAGCUGUGUCAGGCAUUCGAGAACGGAAAGGAUUUGGUGGAGCUGUCAGACCUGUAUGCACAUGACAUAAGCAAUGUACUUAAACUGUACCUCCGCCAGCUUCCAGAGCCAUUGAUUUUGUUUCGUCUUUACAAUGAGCUGAUUGGAUUGGCCAAAGAAAGCCAGCGGGUCAAUGAUGAAGUUGAGGCUAAACCAAGUAGUCCAACGUUAAAGCACCAGCAGUCAGGCGUUGAGCUUAACAGAGUCAUCAUCAAAAUAAGAGACCUUCUGAGGCAGUUACCGUUGCCCAAUUAUAACACCUUACAGUUUUUAGUGGGUCAUCUUCACAGAGUCACAGAAGAAGUACAAGAAAAUAAAAUGUCCGCCAGCAAUCUUGGCAUUAUUUUUGGACCCACUCUCAUUAGACCACGCCAAACAGACGCUACAAUUUCACUUUCAUCUCUUGUGGAUUAUCCCUAUCAAGCACGAAUAGUGGAGCUUCUGAUAACAUAUUACGAUAAAAUAUUUGAUGUCUCAAGAAACCUGAUAAACAGUGAAGAAAUUCAACCGGAAAAAAUGGAUUUACCGGAGGACCGAGAAGCACCACAAAUCAGGAAGUGCCAGUCGUUGCCAGUUGGAAAAGAUGAUCUUGUCGUAUCCAAGCGCGCAAGCUCUCUGGAUGAGACUUCAUUACGUUUCCAAGGCAUAGAGAGAAAUGAAAGUCUAAACCAGAAUAUGGUUAUUAUAGAAGAGAAGAAUGGGCAAAAUACUUCUCCAAACGAACAUUUUAGAUGCAAUUCCUCUCCUGAUGACAGCACAGUCUUUUCGUUGCACAGUCCUACUGAUCAGCCAGAUUGCUCAAUGGAUACUAUUACAGAAAGUGACGUCACAGAAGAUAAAACUAAUCCCAGCGAGAGCUCUAAAACAAAUGUCUCUUUAAAAUCUUAUAGACAAGUUCAGUUGAGGGCUCCCAGGGUAAAGCCAAUUUCCCGACCUUUCAGUUUACCUGUGGAUCGGCUUCUUCCACCGUCUGUGUUAAAUGAGAAAAAUUCUAAAAAUGUGGGUGUAACCAGUGCAGAUAUUCUUGGCCAGAGUCCCAUCAUUGAGGAAGUUUCAGAAAACAAACCAAAUGUUAAUUCAUGUCACAGACUUUCGUGUUAUGAGUCUCAAGGUACACGAAAAACCUGGGAUAGACAAUACAAACAAUAUGACAUUACACCAAGAACUGCAAUGAUAAUGACCAAUGUCCCGCAGGAAAUCCGAGCCCUUGAUGGGGUACCUGCGAGUUCCAUAUCCACUAACCUCAUCACAGUAAAUAUGACUCUUCCCAAAGUGCCAUCUUUAAGCCAUGUAAAAAAUAAUUCAACAACUGAAGGAAGUUCUAUGGAACCCAACCCACUUGCUGCUUUACGAGCACCUAGAACUUUACAGCCCCCACCUGGAACUUUUUAUAGGCCUCCUUCCUAUAAAAUAAAACAAAGCGAAGAGACCAAUCAGAACACAGUUGAUUCCUUAAGCACAAGCAAAGUGCACAGUCAGAUCAACAAUAACAAUGUGAAUUUAGUUACAGACUCAGAAAUGCUAUCUGACAUAGAAGGACAAAACAAAAAUCUGCAGAAAUCCACAUCUGAAGAACUUCAGCAAGCGGAAGUAAAGCCAACAUAUCAGAGACUGCGACCAAAACGCAUGCAAGAGUUAGAACACAGAGAAGCACACUUUGUGUAAAUUUGGACUUCUUACUGGUCUUGGGUGCUCACUGUAGCUGUGUGCCAUACUGGAAUUUUAUAUUAUAAACGUUUAACUGGAGAAAAAAAACAAAACACUGUAGUAUAAAUAAAUUUAAUUUUUUUUUUAUAUAUAUUAAACUUUUUUAUAUGCAUUCCUCAAAACAGAAGCCGCUUUCAUUGGGGCACUUAGUGACAAAUUGAUAUGUUAAAAAUAAAUUGCUUAUUUAUAACAAGAAACAGUAUUCAUAUAUGGACUGCAGAACAAACUCUUCCAAAUGUAAAUUUUGUUAAGUAAGAGGAAGAAAAAAGCUGCGUUUCCUAAGACAGAAGCAUUUGGGCUUUGCUGAGUGAAUUAAUCUAAUUUGUGCAAUUUAAAAUUUGCUUUUAUAACGUAAUGCCUACAGGGCUUUUUUUUGUAUCAUAACUGUAUAUUUUAUGCCUGUUUUCACCCAUUGUCAUUUGUAUCUUUUGUCACUUUAAUGUUAUUUUUUUACAGAGAUGAUGCACUUACUAAAAUUUACUAUUCAAAAAGUAUAAUUUGUAAUUUAAAUGUGAAUUUCCAGUUUUAGGUCAAUGUACAGCCAAUUUAGUCACAUUUCCAGUUGUUACCUGUUGUCACAGUUAAACAAAUACUUGUGUUUAUGUAAUUAAUAUAUGUUCUCAAAUGUAGCUAAAUAUAAAUACAGAGCAAUUAAAUAUUUCUACAAGAUUACACUUAUACAACCAAAUAGCUACCAAAAUGUGUACCGUGCAUCAACUUUUUGUGUGUAUAUAUAUAUAUAUAUAUAUAUUUUUUUUUUUUUAAUCAUACUGUUGCAUUCUCUCAAAUAUAUUAACUUUUUAACAUAUUUCAGAGUUCAUGGUUUGUAUAAUCUUGGUUUCUUUUAACUUAUUAAAAAAUAUAGACUAUUCAACAUUGUCUAAAUUUAAUGCUUACGUUAUCAGAAAAUUACAUAAGCAUAUUACAAAUUUGAAAUGAAAUACUUUACGUGCACAAAUUUAUAUUACAAGUUUUUAUUUUUUGUUUUUUUCAUAUUAAAAAAUAUAAAGUAUUUUAUUACAUUAGUAUAUGAAGCUUUUUUUUUAAGGCAUCAACCAAAAAUAAAAUAUUUUUAAACGAG